AUGCUGUCGCGAACGAUACGAGCGGCACAGCGGCGGCUCGGCGGCUCCUCCCGGAGAUCGCUCACAGUCAAGGCCAACACGCUCGUGUAUCCGACUCCGGAGGCAGUCGAGUCCUGGCUUGCGACAGUGAAGAAGGACUCUGUGCUGCUGUACUCGCUCAGCGCGAAUCUGGGCGGAUGGCAGGGCUAUCUCCCCAUGGUGCAGGGAUAUGAGAGCGUCGGCAGCUUCCACCACUCGACGCUUCCCUCGCUCUCUCUCGCCGCCUUCGAGCGAGAUGUGCUCUCAGAGGCAUCGGCAUUCUACACUCCUCUGACUGGAAGAGGGCACGCCGAGGUCGGACGCUGGCACCGCGUCGGCACGGACUGGGGCGCGGACAAGAGCGGUUCAGAGGUCGGCUCGCUCGAGGCUCUCAUCGCCCAGAAGGGGUGGAACGGCGUCUGGGACGGCUCGGGGGUUGCGCAGGGCUCCUCCCCCUCUACCGCCCCCUCGAAGCCUGGAGAGGUCAGCGGCGGAAGUCGCGACGAGCUCAAUGUUGACGCAGAGACAUCGGCUGUGCUCUGUCUCACGGACGCGAACCCGGGGCCUGUCCUUGCGCGUCUGAGCCAGCGGCUGAUCCGGACGGUCGGACUCGUGUCCGCCCCCACGCCCUUUGUCACGGGAUCGGCGCACACGCUCUGGUGUAACAAGGAGCGGUACGAGAAGGGCACGGUUGGCGUGCAGCUCCGCUCCAGGCCGCAGGUCGCGGUGCGGUACGGCACGCAAGCGCUUGGUGCGCCGAUGAUGGUUGACUCUGCCCGGGGCAACCUCCUGCUCUCGUUCAAGGGUGCCUCCUCGAACCCGACGCAGACUCUGAUCAACCUCCUGCAAGAGCGUGACCACGGCAAGCCCCGUACAGGACUGGAGAAGGACGAGGACUUCUGGCUCGAAAUCAGCGACCCGCAUUCCGACGCUAUCCGCGUCGUUCGUAUCCUCUCUGGCGACCCGAGUCGCGGCGCUUUGUCCCUCGACACGGACAUUCCGCUGAACGAGGGCCAGAUGGUGCAGUUCCAGCAGCGCUCGGACAAGGCGGCAGAGCCCCAGGCGCCGCUUGCUGGUGCUACUAUUCGCUUUGGGGCGCUGGAGAAGAAGGACACGUACGAGGCGCCGCCGCCUGAAAUGGGCGAGGGACAGACGAAGGGAUUCCUUGCUUGCAGCGAGGAGGGCUUCGUCCUCGGUCGUGACGUUUGCACCGUCCCUGGGGCGGCCGUGACGUGCGGAUGGUGA